ACUGCUGAUACACUUGGCUCUACCGUCUCAGCUGGUCAGCCCUAAGGAGUUCAAUUCAAAAUUCGAAUUCCCUCCCGGCUGCUCUACAAGCUCACAAAAAUGGGGGUUCCGGCUUGCAACGUCGAGAUCUCGGCGGAAAAUGGUAAGGCCGGAGUCAACUCCGAUGCCGUGGCUCCAUUGCGGCGGAGCAGCGCGAGAUUGCAGAAAAUGCAGAAUCAAAAAUCGUCCUCUGUUGAGGUAUCUGCUGAAAAUGAAUCCGGGUCGAACGGUAUUCGGAAGGAGAGCAGUGUUUCGAGGAAGAAUACGGGGCGGGCUUACAGAAAGAGGAAGGUUGAAACGCCUCACGCCACUGUGCUGCCCCAAAAUGGAGUAGUCGGUGAGGCUACUGAAACUCCUGAGAUGGUGAACGGUGGGGACACGAUUAUUAGUUCCAGUGAUUCUUUGGUUGGAAAAAGUGCACAUACGAAGGUUACUGAGACUUUGCGGACUUUCAACAAGUAUUACCUUCAUUUUAUUCAGGAAGAAGAGAAGAGGUGUAAAAGACAAGAAGUUGAUCAAAAAUCACCGAAGAGUUCAAAAUCCAAGAAGAACUGCAAAACUGCAGAUGAUACUAAAAGGGGUUCCAAACGACCUGACCUGAAGGCAAUAACCAAGCAGAUGAUGGAGAUGGGAGCUAUUCUAAACCCUGAGAAGAGGUUUGGCUCCAUUCCAGGAAUUGAUGUUGGUCAUCAAUUUUUCUCUCGGGCUGAGAUGGUGGUCGUCGGUUUUCAUGGUCACUGGCUGAAUGGAAUUGAUUUUAUUGGCUCGGCUGCUCGUAAUUCGUUGCUGGAUUGUAGUCAGUACACACUACCUCUUGCUACAUCUAUUGUCUUGUCUGGCCAGUAUGAAGACGAUCAAGACAACUGUGAGGAUGUGGUCUACACUGGUCAAGGUGGGAACAACUUGCUCGGUGACAAGCGUCAGAUAAGAGAUCAAGUCAUGGAACGUGGUAAUCUGGGACUUAAGAACUGUAUGGAGCAAUCCAUUCCUGUUAGAGUGACGCGUGGACAUCAAUGUCGAAAGAAUGAAAAUAGCUAUGCAGGAAAAGUUUACACUUACGAUGGCCUGUACAAGGUUGUCAAAUACUGGGCUGAAAAGGGUGUCUCUGGGUUCACGGUAUAUAAAUUUCGACUGAAGCGGCUUGAUGGACAGCCGCCAUUGACAACAAAUCAGGUUUAUUUUACUCGAGGCCGUAUUCCUAAUUCAAUAUCUGAAAUACGAGGGUUGGUGUGUGAAGACAUUACUGGGGGUCAAGAAGAAAUUCCCAUUCCUGUUACUAAUUUGGUUGAUGAACCACCUAUCCCUCCUAAAGGUUUCACCUACAUCAAGGGUAUGAAAUUUGCUAAGAAUAUAAUUUUUGGUACGAAAGCUCCUCCUGGAUGCAAUUGUCAAGGCAAGUGUACAGAUCCUAGAACAUGUGCUUGUGCAAAACUUAAUGGAGGUGAUUUCCCAUAUGUGCACAGCCAUGGAGGAAGGCUAAUUGAGCCAAAAGCUGUUGUAUUUGAAUGCGGUCCAAAUUGUGGCUGUGGACCUGAUUGCGUCAAUCGGAUAUCUCAGAGGCCGCCUAACUAUCGACUAGAGGUAUUUCGUACUCCGAGGAUGGGCUGGGGUGUGAGAUCUUGGGAUUAUAUACCUUCUGGGGCCCCUGUUUGUGAAUAUAUCGGUCUGCUUAUGAAGACAGAUGAUAUAGACCCUGCUGCUGACAACAGUUAUGUUUUUGACAUUGAUUGCUUGCAAACAAUGAACGCACUGGAUGGAAGAGAGAGACGACUCCGGGAUGUAACUUUGCCGUCCCACGUGGGAAAAGUUGAUGAGACAUCCGAGAGUGUUCCAUUCUGCAUUGAUGCAGGGCAGACAGGUAAUUUUGCAAGGUUCAUCAAUCAUAGCUGCCAACCAAAUUUGUUCGUUCAAUGUGUGUUAAGCAAUCAUCAUGAUAUCAAACUUGCGCGAGUGAUACUAAUGGCUGCUGACAAUAUACCGCCAUUGAAGGAACUUACAUAUGAUUAUGGGUACGCUCUUGAUAGUGUGAUGGGUCCUGAUGGCAAGAUCAAACAAAUGCUUUGCUAUUGUGGCGCUGCAGAUUGUAGAAAGCGCCUGUUUUAAUUCAUCAACUCGAUUUCAUUUCCUCCAUGGUUGAAGGUACAGAUGGAACUUACUAACUUGGUCAAAUGUCAAUGACUUAUCGUCGUUUAAAAAGUUAAUUUCAUACUGUGAAGAGAACGAAAGCAGUCGAUAAAAUAUUUUGGAAGCUGUUUACUUGGAGGCAAUGAAAUUAAGCAUUAUAUGAUUCAAUUUACCAUUAUGGACAAAUAUGUUGGAAGAUUGACAUUAUUUAAACACAUGGAUUACAAUGUA